CUGACUAUGUUGUCUUUUAUAUUCACAGGCAUAUUUUGAAAACGAUAAUUCUGGGCCAGAUGCUCUCUUUGUUUAUCUGUGGGACUGCUGUUACAAGCCAGUACCUAGCAGAACAAUACCAAGUGAAUACUCCAAUGUUUCAAAGUUUUAUCAACUAUUCUUUGCUACUUCUAGUGUAUACAACAAUGCUGGCAUUUAGGACUGGCAGUGACAGUCUUUGGCAAAUUUUGAAACAGAGGUGGUGGAAGUAUAUUUUUUUGGGACUGGCUGAUGUUGAAGCCAAUUACGCGAUUGUAAAAGCCUACCAAUAUACGACCCUCACAAGUGUGCAGCUGCUGGACUGUUUCGGGAUUCCUGUGCUGAUGGCUUUGUCGUGGUUCGUUCUCCGUGCAAGAUACAGGCUGAUCCAUUUUCUUGCUGUUGCCGUCUGUUUGCUGGGUGUAGGAACAAUGGUGGGUGCUGACAUUUUGGCGGGGAGGCAGGACAGUGAAGGUAGUGACGUGGUGAUUGGAGAUGUCUUAGUGCUUCUUGGUGCUUCUUUGUAUGCCAUUUCUAAUGUGAGUGAGGAAUACAUUGUGAAAAAUCUGAGCAGAGUGGAGUUUCUAGGAAUGGUGGGCUUGUUUGGGACUAUUAUCAGCGGUCUACAGCUAGCCAUUGUGGAACAUAGGGAGAUAACGAGAAUUCAGUGGAACUGGAAAAUUGCAUUACUGUUCACAGUCUUUGCCCUGUGUAUGUUCGGGCUGUAUAGCUUCAUGCCAGUGGUGAUUAAAGUUACCAGCGCAACCUCGGUCAACCUGGGUAUUCUGACUGCGGAUCUCUACAGUCUGUUCUUUGGGCUUUUCCUCUUUUUCUAUAAGUUUUCAGGUCUUUAUAUCCUGUCCUUUGUUAUCAUCAUGGUGGGCUUCAUCUUGUAUUGCUCCACUCCAACUCUGACUGCAGAACCCACCACCUUGCCACAGCCCAGCAGCACUGGCUUGGACAACGCUGCACUAAAGCUUGAGGAGAACGACAGUGAAACUCCGGCUGUAUCCGUACAGUUUGCAAGAGAAGAAACUGUGGUGGUCAGCACUGAUUAAAAAAAUGGCAGCAUUUCAAAAUAGAGCUUUUUAUUUUUAUUUUUAUUUUUUACUGCCAAAUUUCCUUCAAAUAUUAAUCUGGAGAAUUGUUCUACUGCCAAGGCAUAUGU